CCGCGAGGCCUCUUCACCGCCGCCCCGGACACCGCCUCCGGCCGCUGCUGCGGCCAUGAACUGCUCUCUCAGCCUCAACUCUUGCUGGACGCACGAUGUGGUCGCCGCCAACGGAUCAGACUCCAGCCUGUACGACGUGCCGGCGGCUGUGGUGGCGCUGCUGUCCCUGUGCUACGGCUCCAUCUCGGUGCUGGCCGUGGUGGGAAACUCGCUCGUCAUGUGGAUCGUGGCCACCUCGCGCCGCAUGCAGAACGUCACCAACUGCUUCAUCGCCAACCUGGCGCUCGCCGACAUCGUCAUCGGCUUGUUCGCCAUACCUUUCCAGUUCCAGGCGGCGCUGCUGCAGCGCUGGAACCUGCCGCACUUCAUGUGCGCCUUCUGCCCCUUCGUGCAGGUGCUCAGCGUCAACGUCAGCAUCUUCACGCUCACCGCCAUCGCCAUCGACAGGCACCGCGCCAUCCUCAACCCGCUGAGUGUUAUAGUGUACUUCGUGCGGCACCCUGUCCAGCUCGCCCGCUUGCUGUGGGUUCUGGGUCUAGCCGCCUCUGGUCUGGGUCCAGUGGGCCCCCCUUCUGCUACUUGA